CACAUUAAGCAAACCUCAAGCUGUUCUGAACAUUUUAACAUUCUGUCUCUUUACCUUGCAACUGAUUCCUUUUUCCCCUCUAGUGGAGGCCUCAGUAACCUUUUGUAUCUCUGUGCACUGCCGGACCAUGUGCUAAGUGUUGGGGAUGAACCUCGCCAGGUUCUACUGCGUGUUUAUGGAGCCAUCUUGCAGGGUGUGGACUCUCUGAUAUUGGAAAGUGUGAUGUUUGCUGUUUUGGCAGAACGUGCCUUGGGACCAAGAUUAUAUGGAGUAUUUCCACAGGGGCGCCUGGAGCAGUACAUUCCAAGCCGUCGGCUGCUGACUGAAGAGUUGGCAUUUCCGGAUUUUUCAGCAGAGAUUGCUGUGAAGAUGUCUCGAUUCCAUGGAAUGGUCAUGCCGUUCAACAAAGAACCAAAGUGGCUGUUUGAAACGAUGGACAGGUAUCUCAAACAGAUAAUGGGGCUGACUUUUAUCAGAGAAGCCCAUGUGAAGAAGUUCAACAAGCUGAAGAGCUUCAACCUGCCAGCAGAGUUAGCAAAUUUAAGGGCACUGUUAGAAGCCACUUGGUCACCUGUAGUUUUUUGUCACAACGAUGUCCAGGAAGGUAACAUUCUGCUUUUGGCAGACAGAGACCCCUCAUCCACGGAGAAACUGAUGCUGAUUGAUUUUGAGUACAGCAGUUAUAAUUACAGGGGUUUUGAUAUUGGGAACCAUUUUUGUGAGUGGAUGUACGACUAUACUUAUGAUCAGUGGCCUUUCUUCAAAGCCAGUAUGGAGAAAUACCCUAACCGACAGCAACAGCUUCACUUUAUCCGACACUACCUGUCUGAAUAUACUGGCAAUAAGGGAGAUUCUAUUCAUGAGGACCAAUCAAAGAUUGAAGAGGAGAUGAUCAUUGAGAUUAACAGGUAUGCCCUGGCAUCUCACUACCUAUGGGCACUCUGGGCCAUUUUACAGGCGAAGAUUUCCACUAUUGAGUUUGGUUAUCUGGAUUAUGCCCUAUACCGAUUGGAAGCCUACUUUGAACAGAAAAGAAUAUUCGCUUAACUUGCUGCAGAUGGGAAUCACUCUCAAACCUUGUACUUGAUUUUAAAAUGUUUGUGUUUUUUCUUUUUUAAAAAAUACUAUGCGUUUACAAUCAUUCAGUAUUGCUGCGUGACCACUUCACGUGUAUCCAUGUUUUGACUCUCAGCCACAGACUGAUCUAAUUCAAAGUCCAAUCAAGUAUGGAGAUUAAUGAAUAUUGUUUAGACUGCUGAUAGUUCAUAUAAAGUCAUUGUGCUAACAAGCUGUACAAGCUAGGAUGAUCUUUAGUGAAAGGCCUGGGGGCUCUGCUGAUCUAAAUCAGCAUAGGUUGAAUUGAACUUUUCUCUUGGUGCAUGUGAAAAGUGGAAAUCGGCCACAGCUUCUGCUUCUGAUCACUACCUAGUGGCCUGAUCUGUAGGAAAUGCCAGUUAAGAGAAGUUUGGGUCUCUGCAGAGCUCCCUGCUGCCAUGUACCCCACAGGCACUUGUUGUCUGCACUAACAAGUGAAUAAGGAUGGCUGCUAGUGACUGGGAGGGUAAAGGACAGGCAAACUUUUGAACUUAAAAGAAAAGCUGGUGUUAACGCUGUCGCAGAAUGUGUUGGCAUUGGUGAAAGCACUGGACAAAGUUCAUUAGACCAUAAGAACAUAAGAUGUGGGAGCAGAAGUUGGCCAUUCAGCCCACUGAGUCUGCUCUGGCAUUCAGUGCAGGGGUAGGUUUAUAUUUUGACUCAGUUUGGAGGACUAACUCUUAGUUCAGUGAAUAAAUGAAAAGAGUGACAUGGGUAUAUUUCCAUUUACUGACCUUUGGUCCCAGAAUAUGUGAAUUAGUGGCAAGGCUAGACUCCUUCCUAAUGUAUUUUCUCCCCAUCAAUACCUUUCUCAUCCUUACAGUAAAUUCUUUUCUUCCUAGCCUCCCUUUCCUGAGCUGUCCUGUAUGAUUUGUUGGAACUUUAUUCCCAUUCUACAUGUCUUGUUGAUUUACUUUGGGGCGUUGUGCUUAUUUUUGGGAGUAUAUUCUUAUGUUCUAAUACCAGUUUAACACUUGUUUUCAAUUAAGAAAUUGUUUGAGCAAUGUUUACCAGCUAAUUUUUAUUUUGGUUUAGAACAAACUUUUAAAGGAAUUAUAUUCUAGACAUGUAGCAGGAGUCUACAGAUCUUCCAUUGAAUAAUUCAGUUGGGUCCUUUUGUCUACUUUAUCCCUGAUCCUUGGAAAUUUUCUUUCAAUUUCUUGUAUUACUUAUAUAUUAACCUUUUGAAGAUUAUUAAAUCUGUCUCUGAUGUAGUAAAUGGCAAAUCCUAACUACUUGUAUUUUUUAAAGUUUCCUUAAGUGUCACAUCUGAAUCCUUCACGAGUCGCCAUAAAACUGUUCUCUGGUUAUUCACCCUUUUAACCAUUGGGAGAUGUUUGUUUUUGUUUCCUGUAUCAAAACAUUUUUCAUCUUAACACCCCCAAUUUAUCUCAAUUACAACUUCUCCAAGGAGAACUCUCAAUUUCUCCAGUCUGUCCACAUGACUGCCUCAAGAAUGAGAAAUUGUAUUGUAGUAAAGCAAAUCUUUCUCCAAAGACUCAUGUCAUGAAAAUCUGGAAGUCUGUUAUACAUUGGAAGUAAUUGUGAUAUCACCACCUUCCCAAUUUGAGUGAAGAGUUGGGUAUAAAGCAUCAGUGGGGUAUGAAGGCUGCUAUAAAUUAGACUUACAGAAUCAAAUGCAUAACUCAUGGUGUAAUUACAUUUGUUGGCUGAGACCAAGGCACUGAUUUUUCACUCCUGGAUAGGAUCCAUGGGGCAUCAGAUUCUUUUGACAUUUUUGACAUCAGAGUUUCUAGGAAGAAACAAACAGCUAGAGCUGAGUGAAGGGCAUAUCAUUCCAUUCACAAAUAAUCCCUGGAUAAGAAAAAUCAAAUGUCUAUCCCUCUGUAUCAGGCUGCUAUUUGUGAAAUAUUUACAAUGAAUCUAUUUAUUCAAGGCCAUGUUUGUGAUCCAUUAAUUUUACCUGUCUUGAUCCUUGACUUUAUCUUGUAAAUAAAAUGAAGCAUUUCGCUCUUG